AGCCACAUCAUUCUGAAAUCCAAAAUUUGCCAAAGUUCAAAUAGAUUUUGGUCGCCAUGAAACUAGCUACCAUCUUAUUGUUAGUAGCAUGGGCUCAAGCCCAAAAUGAAUAUCCGGAAUGGAUAUACGGAACAUUUCCGGACGAUUUUGAGUGGGGCUUUGCUACAGCCGCUUAUCAGAUUGAAGGUGGAUGGAACGCAGACGGUAAAGGAGAAAAUAUAUGGGAUCGCUUUACGCAUGCUGAUGUAUCUCCAAUUUAUGACGGUUCGAGUGGGGAUGUUGCUUGCGAUUCUUAUAAUAAAUAUCAAGUCGACGUUCAAUUGAUCAAAAAUAUGGGGGCUGACUAUUAUCGUUUUUCUGUGGGUUGGUCACGUGUACUUCCAACAGGUACCGUCGCUGGUGGCGUUAAUGAGGCAGGUAUUCAGUAUUAUAAUAACCUGAUCAACGACCUGAUGGCUAACGACAUUGAACCAAUGAUUACUAUGUAUCAUUGGGAUCUUCCACAAGGUCUUCAGGACGUUGACGGAUGGCAGAACGAGACCAUUGUAAAUGAAUUUGAGGCAUAUGCGAAUCUCCUGUACACUAGAUUUGGUGAUCGUGUCAAGCGAUGGAUUACAUUUAACGAAGCUUAUGUUGUUUGUGUUUUGGGUCAUAGCGAUGGAGUGCACGCUCCAGGUAUUAAAGAGCCUGCUACUGCCGCUUACAAAUGUGCUCACAAUAUUCUUAAAAGUCAUGGCCGAGCCUAUAGGCUGUACGAGAGAAGUUAUAAAAAUGUCCAAAAAGGUUUUGUCGGUAUAACCAUAGACUCCGGUUGGUAUGAACCCCUUGAUCCUGACAAUGCGUUAGAUGUCGCGGCUGCUGAACGAACACGACAAUUCAAGCACGGUUGGUAUGCAUUCCCCAUCUUUAAAGGUGAUGGAGAUUAUCCUCCAGUCAUGAAAGAAAUUAUCAGACGUAAGAGUACUGAAGAUGGUUUAACCGUUUCCCGCCUUCCUGAGUUCACCGAAGCUGAAAAAGCGAUGAUCAACGGAUCAGCUGACUUUCUCGGCUUUAAUCAUUAUACUACGGAACUUGUCGAGCAUGUUGAACGUCGUGAUCGUUCAUGGCAUGGUGAUCAAGACACAAACACUUCCCAAGACAAAAAAUGGCCCGCGAGCGCUUCUGAAUGGUUGAAACAUGUCCCGUGGGGAUUCCGGAGACUAUUAGUGUGGAUCAAAAAUACGUACGGUGAUCCUUUGGUCUACGUUACCGAGAAUGGGUUUAGUGACACUGAUGCAGUUGGUCUGAAUGACGAAGGCCGCGUCACAUAUUAUCGUGAAUAUAUUAACGAAAUGCUGAAGGCAGUUACGAUUGAUAAGUGCAACGUGAAGAGUUACACUGCUUGGUCUUUAAUGGACAAUUUCGAGUGGGCUCGAGGAUAUUCUGAACGUUUCGGCAUUCAUUGGGUCAACUUUACGCAUCCAGACAGACCAAGAAUUCCAAAGAAAUCUGCAGGCGAAUUGAAGAAAAUUUUUGCAGACAACGGUUUUCCAGGAGGAGCCAGCACGGUUGUAGUCAGUUUAUUUAGUUAUAUUUUCGUGUUAGUUGGUUUAUUGUACGUUAGACUGCUUUGAAUUAGUAAAUAAAAAUAGACUGCAAG